UGAGUGUGCUAGCAUCAAUUAUUACUAUUAUUUUGGUGUCGAUCACCGACAUCACCACCACCGCCGCCGCCGCCGCCGUCAUCUCCCCAGACGCACUCCCCACACAAGUGAGGCAUCUACACCUCGUCACUGUCAUUGCUUGCCACACAUGCAUGGAACGACAACCUGCACCCCCCGCCAACGCCAUUCACCAUAAUUCCACCGAGGGCGAAAUCUAGGGCGGAAUGCUGUCCGAUGAGUAAGAAACCGAUCUCGGACCGGAUCAGCGGAGGCCCGCUUUGCCCUCCUUGAUGUUGCUCAAAUAUCGUUGUUGUCAUUCUCAUCGCCCACCACCCAUCCCACCAUGAAGCCCACAGCUGACUACUCGGUCUAUCUUGUCACGGGACGCGAGAUCCUCCCCGAGGGCAAGGACUACUACGAGUCGCUGGAGGAGAGCCUUCAGGGCGGAGUCACGGUCGUGCAGGUGCGCGAGAAGAAUAUCGACACCGGCGAGUUCAUCGAGAUCGCGCGCAAGUCCAAGGAGGUGUGCGACAAGUACAAUGUGCCCCUCUUCAUCAACGAUCGUGUCGACGUGUUCCUCGCUGUCCGUUGCGCGGGCGUGCACGUUGGGCAGAGCGACAUGCCCGCGUCAGAGGUGCGCGCGCUCAUCGGUGAUGACGCGCUCCUAGGCGUCUCAGUCUCGAGCAAGGAGGAGGCUAUUCAGGCGGUCAAAGACGGAGCGGACUACGUCGGGAUCGGAGCGGUGUGGCCAACGGCCAGCAAGGACGUCACGAAGAGAACGAAGCUUGCGCCCAGCGGCACGGGCGCGCUUCUCGACGUACUUGCGUCGCAGGGCGACAAGGGGGCGGCCAUGCAGACAGUUGCGAUCGGGGGAAUUCACGCACACAACACGCCAUUCCUCCUCCAUGGUUCGGUCGGUGCGAGCGGAAAGGCGCUCGACGGCGUGGCCAUCAUCUCGGCCAUCGUCGCCAGCCGCGCGCCCAAGGAGAAGGCCGCAGAGCUGCGCGGCAUCGUGGACGCCUUCAAGGCCUCGCGGAAGAACGCGGGGCCUGACACGGCCGUCUUCCCGGCUCCCAGGCACUCUGCUAAAGAGCUGAUCCAGAACGCUGCCGAGCUGUUCGCUGUUGUGCGUGACACGACGCCCCUCGUGCACCAGAUCACGAACGCCGUCGUGAUCAACGACAGCGCGAACGCCACGCUGGCUAUCGGUGCCUCGCCGAUCAUGGCGACAAACCCGCGCGACUGCGCCGACCUCUCGCCGGUCAUCGGGGCGCUCCUCAUCAACUUCGGCACGAUCACCGACAAGGACGGCAUGGUCGUCGGCGGCCAGCACGCGAACAUGAACGGAAAGCCGCUCGUGUUCGACCCUGUGGCGGUGGGCGCAACGGGCUUCCGGCGCGAGACGAGUAGAGAGCUGCUCGCGGCGUGGCAGCCGACCGUGAUCAAGGGGAAUGCGGCGGAAAUCGCCACGCUCGCUGAGCGCAGCGAUGUGAUUACUCGUGGUGUCGAUUCCGUGGGAGCCGGAUUCAAGAACCCUGGAGAAGUCGUGCGCGGCCUCGCGCGCCGUAGACGCGCGGUCGUCGUCAUGACCGGCGUGCAGGACUACAUCUCCGACGGUGCCACAGUCGUCAAGGUCAGCAACGGGCACGAGCUCCUCGGCGUCAUCACGGGCAGCGGGUGCAUGACUGGCACGCUGGUGGCGACGUUCUGCGCAGCGGCGCGUCUCGCGCACAUCAAGGCGCAUGGAGAGGGCAAGGGCCCGUUCCCCUUCGUGCGCGGAGACAUGUUCGUCGGCGCGAUCGCCGGCGUGCUCUCCAUCAAUGUGGCUGCUGAGCGCGCUGCGGCGCGCGAAGACGUGCGCGGGCCAGGCACGUUCCGCGCCGCGCUAAUGGACGAGCUGUACGCCGUGCGCCCCGAGGACGUGCUGAAGCGCGCCAACGUCGAGGUGAUCUAGUAGAUGAUAUGCAUACAACAUCGUAAUGUUCAGAAGAG